UAUAUGAACAUAAGAGCCAAGCAGCAGCUGCUUUCCAACCAAAUGUUUACCAUGACUUGAAAGACUUGGCCCCAGGAGCAAAAUGCAGAGUGCAAAUGCUUCAGCAUAAAAGAAUUGCAAUGGACCUUAAGACUGGCUCAUUGCUUGUGGCGCCCGCUGUAAAGAAUUCAAGUUGUUCGCAUCCGCGUUAUUCGGGCCACAAUUUCAUCGUUCACAUUGGAAUAGCGGAGACGAUUGAGGCCGUUUUGAUAUUGGUGCUGACGCUGGGUGUGAUUGGGGCCAACUGUUUGGUCAUCUUUGUCAUUAAUAAUCGCCGAUACGCUGCCUACAUACAUCAACAGCCACGGUAUUUGCUCACCUCGCUGGCGCUGAAUGACCUAACAAUUGGCCUGUUAAUUACACCGUUUGGGCUGAUGCCAGCAUUGUUUCACUGUUGGCCAUAUGGCGAGAUCUUCUGUCAGAUCCAGGCCUUGCUGCGCGGAGCGUUAUCGCAACAAAGCGCCGUUAUACUCGUCUGCAUGGCAGUGGACAGAUAUAUGUGUGCGCUGCAUCCGCGACGCUAUUAUCAGCACUCCAGCAAGAAGGGCUGUGUUGCCAUAUUGAGCUUAACAUGGAUUAUCAGCCUGACGGUGUUUGGGUUUCUCGUGCUGCCCAAAGGAUACUACUUCAACAAUACAGGCUUAAUGGCAUGCGAGCCAUUUUAUAGCAAGCCAUCGUAUCGCAUUUUAUCCACAUGUGCAUUGUACUUUCCCACCACGAUGGUGUUGAUGUACUGCUAUGGUUCCAGUUUCCAUAUGAGCCGCUUUCGCUUAAACGAUCCAACAAUGCCACUCACAGCAGCCGCCCAUCAUCCACAUCCACACCAUCCGCCACAGCAGCAGCUGUACUACAACCAGCAACAGCAGCAACAACAACAGCAGCAGCAACAGCAGCAGCAACAACAGCAUUCCUCGCAUAUAUUUGGACAUGGCGGACAUGGGCACUCGCAUCAUCCGCAUCCACAUCCACAUCAUCAUCGUGCGCCGGUUAUGAACCAUUUGAGCAUGGCCAUGAGCAUGGGCCUGGUCGGCAUGCCCAGCAUGACAAACAAGAUUACUAAAAAGAUUGUGCCCAUUCAGGAGAAGAACUCCAGCGGCAACACGUCACGUUCGAUGGCGGCCAUUUCGUUGGGUUUCAUUGUUAUGGUCACACCGUGGACCAUUCAGGAGAUUGUCACCGCUUGCACCGGUUCCAAGCUGCCGCCGUUCCUCGAUUUCUUGGUCACCUGGACAUCACUGAGCAACAGUCUCUGGAAUCCCUUCAUGUACUGGCUGCUCAAUUCAGACUUUCGACGCCUCAGCCGACAAUUGAUGCCAAACAAAUGUUUCCCCAACGAGGACACGCCCGAACACAAAUCAGCCUGUUGUCACAUCAAUGCGAACGAUUUUGAAAUCACAACGCUUCCGUUGCCGCCAGAGCCGCCCGCCUCGCGGCCGCCAGCGAACAAUGGUGGUGCUGUCGGUGGUUCGAGUGGAGGUGGUGGUGGCAUUGGCAGCGCCAUUGGGGGCUCUGUGCUUGGCAUUUGUGCACGCUCCCGAGCGAAUAGUCUGAGUCGGAGCGCCUCACAGUACAUAAGAGGACAACUUGGUGGUGGUGGUGGUGGAGGAGGCGGACAUGGUCAUGCCCAUCAGGCAGCCAGCGAGGGGUAUGCCACAGUCCGUCCCGAUAUCGAAGGACUCUCGGAGAAGUAUUGGGGCGAGAUCUUGGAACGCACUGUCAGCUCCGGUAAUCUGCAUGCGAUGCAAAAGAAUUUCCCCCACUUUCCCUAUCAUCAGCACGUCCAUGUCCAUCAGCUGCAUCAGCCGCAACAGCAUCAGCAUCAGACCACCUCGUUUAGCAAGCACAGUGAUCUGCAUUUGAAUAUGCUGCCCAACGGGGCAACACAGGACUCCAGUAUCAGCACCACCGCAACCGACUUGGGUAAGUUCUCAACAUCGGAGCCAAAGCUAUGCGAGCAUCUAUUCCAUGAUGCCAAUUGUGCCAAGAGCAAACUGCUGCUGGGCACAUCUACUGAAGCGGCUGCAACAUCCUCGGUAUCGACCGUUGCCGCCAAGCUGGCCGCAGGUCGCAGCAUACCGGACAUUUAGUACGCAGAGGACGUCAUACUCGCCAACAGUCAGCUAAUGGCCCGUCAGGCCAAGUGCGCCCACCAUCCGCUCCAUCAGCAGGCCCAAUCGCGUCAGCCCCAUCAUACGAGCAGCCUGCGCUUCAGCCGCAUCCGCGUUGCCUGUCACAGUCCACCGCCAUCGAUGGUGCAGACUGGCGAGUCCAUGGCCGAGUAUCGCAAAUAGAAUACUAGUUAGGUUUAUCUUAUAUCUCCUGGUGGUCUAACCGUGAAUGUGUACGAAUCGUAGCCUGCUUAUAUGCUUAUGUGUAUAGGUGGGUGUGUGUGUGUGUGUGUGUGUGUGUGUGUGUGUGUGUGUGUGUGAGUGUGAGUGUAUCUUUGUCUGUCUAAUAUUGCACCAUGUCUCAUAGAGUUAUGUAAGAACUUGGAAAGUUGUAGCCCUCAGUAAAUGAUCUAUAAGUUUAUUGUUUUUUACUAGACCAUUUUUCACUUUUCAAAUCUACUUAAAGAAUUUAAACAAACUCAUAUUCUGUGUGUAUCUAUCUAUGAGAUUUUUGAGAUUAAUCUUUCCAAAAGCAUUCCCAAAAUCUUUAAAUUGAAAUCGUUGCAGUCAUGAACAUGAAAUGCUUAAACAAUUGAAAAUGAUUCAACGAACUAUUUCCCACAUUGCCACAAACCGUUCACUUUUCAAAUAUUUAAGCCUAGAUUAUUCGAUAUUCCACAAUUUCAAAUAAAUAUUAUUUUAAUAUGGUUUUCAUAAAUAUGCAAGUCAUAUGGUUUUCCGAGUUUUUUCAUU